AUGGCGACGAUUCUCUCAAACAAGGAGUUGAAUGAGACACUGCAGAAUAACGAGUCGACAUGUAAUUGGGAUGCGGUGGUGUCCUACUCCCAGCGAGAAAUCAAUCAGCUACUAAAAGAGAAAUGGACGGGUUGGAAGAACCGCAUAAGCCUUGAAUUCACCCUACGUUUCGGAAGCCAUAUCAUUGACAAAUAUAGCAUUUCGCUUGGGCUUCAACUGCUGCAAUUCGAUCUUACCCGGACGCGAACAUGUGCCGAGAUAACACUCUCACUCGAAGGGACCAGGCAACUGAAUAUCGAUGGCGAAGAUGAAAAACCGGAGGAAAUUGCCCCUGGCAGGUACAGACUCAAAACCAUGAUUCCGCUCGCAUCUAUGCACGGAGAAGAGGUAUCAGAAAGGAUCAAGAACAACCUCGUUUUUGAUGACGAGAGUACAGCCGACAGUUAUUCUGCGAUUCAUUUCGAUACUCAAUUUUCUCAUUGGACCGUGAUCAGAAGCAAUCAAGAUGACUCCGACGAGCAGGUGAAUGAGAUCUGUGAAAAUAUCAGGCGCUGGUGCGGAUCGCCCCAGCACAUCGCGAAGAUAAUUGUGAGCCUUGGUCGGGUGCCUAGGCCUAAUGGCUAUGAUUCCGCCUCCUUUUCUCUUAGCCCUAAGACAUUUCGCUUCGCUGGGCAACCUGGUGUGCUUAACAUCUUCAUCGACACUGGAGCCAGCCAACGAGAAUAUGGAGACUGCGAUCCCAGAUUCAGUACUAAUAGUGUAAGCCCAGUGUCGAAACACUCCAGUGCCAGCAUCAUCAUAUCGCGAAAUGUCUUUCAGAACGCAUAUCUGGUUGAGCAGAUUAAAAGCCGGUGUCCGGAGCUUUCAACCCACAAAGGUGUCGUUCCUAAAAGCGUGGAAUCGGGAAUCUCUCUUGAGUUGCGGUAUUCACACAAAACUAUCAUUCGGGGGGACGAAAAAGAAGUUGCCCAUUGGAAAUAUAUCGCCGACGGCGUGGUUGUGGACUUUGCCAAACAUCCUUUGACCCUUGAGGUUUAUGACGAGGCUCCAUACCAAGAACUAAAAUAUAGAUGGAGAUGGAGUUAUACGGGUCAGCUUCCGUAUAUAGUCGUGGAACCGUCUGGGUAUAGGAAUAUUUCGUCCGCAGAUGAAUCCAAAACUCUUGCUACGAUCAAAGACAACGAAAUCGAGCUGAGUCUUAGGAUGGAAGAUUCAGACCAGCCAAAAUGCCAUCUCAUUGGUGCGGAUCGUCAUAUAACACCACACGCUGCGCUUGAAAAACUCAACAUCUCCCUCCCCAGGAUUGAUUACUUUGAGCUUCAGAAUAUUUUGGUUCCAGGGUCACGGUGCAUCGAAAUGAAAACAGUGAUGAUCCCUUAUGACUGUGUCCUCUCAGGGGAUGUACUAUUUUAA